UGCACAGAGGCCGUGGGCCACUAUACGAAUGGAAAAAGGCAACAAAAAGGCACAGCCGCAGCUGCUCAAAACUCCUGUUGCUAACGGCAUCAUAGAAAGAGAUGAAACCACUAUGGAGAAAGAAAUUGCAGGUCUGCAUCGAGUGGACUUCGAGUUCUCCGACAUAUUCUAUUUCUGCAGAAAAGGCUUUGAGGCCAUCGUGGAGGAUGAAGUCACCCAAAGGUUUUCUUCCGAAGAGCUGGUCUCCUGGAAUCUCCUCACAAGGACUAACGUCAACUUCCACUACGUCAGCCUGCGGCUGACUGUUGUGUGGGUUGUUGGGGUUGUGGUGCGGUACUGCUUCCUGCUGCCCCUCCGCUUUACGCUGGCUGCCAUUGGGAUUACCUCGAUGAUUGUGGGGACCACAGUGGUAGGGCAGCUGCCAAACAGCAGUGUGAAAAGCUACCUGAGUGAACUCGUCCACCUCACGUGCUCCCGGAUCCUUGUUAGAGCGCUCUCUGGCACCAUCCAUUACCAUAACAAGGAAAACAAACCUCAGAAAGGCGGCAUCUGCGUGGCCAACCACACGUCGCCGAUAGACGCCAUCAUUCUGACCAACGAUGGCUGCUACGCGAUGGUUGGCCAGGUUCACGGUGGGCUCAUGGGCGUUAUUCAGAGAGCCACCGUCAAGGCCUGUCCUCACGUCUGGUUUGAACGCUCAGAAGUGAAAGACCGCCACCUAGUGACAAAAAGGCUGAGAGAACAUGUGGCAGAUAAGAGCAAACUUCCAAUUUUAAUUUUUCCAGAAGGCACCUGCAUCAAUAAUACGUCUGUGAUGAUGUUCAAGAAGGGGAGCUUUGAAAUAGGAGGGACAAUCUAUCCUGUYGCAAUCAAGUAUGAUCCGCAGUUUGGAGAUGCCUUCUGGAACAGCAGCAAAUACAACAUUGUGAGCUACCUGCUGCGAAUAAUGACCAGCUGGGCCAUUGUGUGCAAUGUGUGGUACAUGCCACCCAUGGUUAGAAAGGAAGGAGAAGAUGCCGUUCAGUUUGCCAACAGAGUGAGGUCUGCCAUUGCUCAACAGGGAGGACUGACCGAGCUUCCUUGGGAUGGAGGCCUGAAACGAGCUAAAGUCAAGGACACUUUCAGGGAAGAACAGCAGAAAAACUACAGCAAGAUGCUAGUAAGAAACGGAUCAAUAGGAAAUCUGUCUACAGGAACGGAGUCAGACUGAACGGUGGUUUUCUUGCRCAAAUUUUGCACAACCAGCCUUAGCAGGAAUAAUUGUUUUUAAUUACAAGGAAAAAAAAGAGCAAUGAAUCCCUCUUGUCAUGUGUGUGCAUAUUCUCUGUGUGGCUGGUGCAGAGCCUGCCGGGGCAGUGUCUCUGUAUCUCUCCCUCCUUCGCCCUUUUCCCCCUCCCUCUGCUAUCUCCUCCUCAUCUUCACUGUAAGCAUGAUGAUACACUGCUGUGAUGUGGCUCCUGGUAAGGACUGGAGAGAGUUCAGGGACGCAAGCACCAAAAGCAGCACUCUGCUUGUUCUGAAUUGGUAAGGCUGGGGCAAGUACCCUGAACAGAAGCUCCYGGAACACUGGUUGUGCAGGUACUGCGUGGUUGUGGUAACUGGCAGCUUCACACGCAGCCGAGUUGUUUGUUUUCUCCCUGAUGCUCCCAGGCUUGUUGGGAAUUUGUAUAUAAUGUGGUUUAGGAUGGUGUCAAAAUCAGGGCUGACUCUGGUUACCUUGCCUAGGGUGUGUGUGGAGGAGGGUGGCAAGGACUAUAGAUCCCAAAGGCUAGAGAAGGAGCUGCUGGGCCCAAAGUGCAGCUUGAGGACAUGGGGAAUUUGGCAGCCUUGUGACAUGMGAAUGACUUCAUGGGAACUUGAGUCUGAAGGGUGAUGUGAAGAGCCAAACCCUCCACCUUGCUGUCUACUGCUACUGUUCAUUUGCCUUUCUUCAGGCCAGGAGAGCUAUCUUAAGGGUAAGACCCAGUAGGCAGCUGAAGAGGUUAGAUUGUGGCAGAUGGGUUCUGGGAAGUGGAUUUGCAAGGUUACUUUUCUGGAGGAAAAAGAAGUAUUGCUAAUGGCUUAAAGGUCUUAAGAGUAUAACUCUAGAUCCACUGUGAUCUGGGCCAGCAAUAGCUAUGACAACUCUAAACAGGAUCCAUAAGUCAUCUGUGAUACAAGUGGCAUGUUGAAAACUAUAAUGU